AUGAACAUCCGUCGCUCACAAUGCGGCUCGACCGACGCCGCCGAAGAGUAUGACCUGGGCCUGCACAUCUUCGCGGUCUUCCUGAUCCUGACCUGUGGCACAUUCGCAUGCUCCUUUCCGGUCCUGGUGAAGGCCUUCCCCAAGCUCGCUAUCUCUCAACAUGCCCUGUUCAUCAGCAAGCACUUCGGUACUGGAGUGCUGAUCGCCCUCGCCUUCGCACAUCUCCUGCCGACGGCGUUUGAGAAUCUCUGGAACGAAUGUCUGCCGUACUUCUGGACUGAAGGGUAUGAUGCCAUGCCGGGGUUUAUCGCGAUGGUGGCUGCGUUGGCUGUCAUUCUUGUGGAGAUGGGGUUUUCCUUGUUUGGGAUAAAGCAUUCUCACGAUCACGCUGGAGUGACGGUGCAGGAAGGCCAAGCUCAUUCGAGCAUGCCAAAUGGACAUGUCAGACCGCGUGACAUGGAGCAGGGCAGAUUGCAAAGAGCACAAGAUAUCAGUACGGAUGAUGUCGAGUCGGAGUCGACAAGCCUUUUACCUCACCCGAAAGAACAGCGCAUGAUCUUGCAAUGUCUUCUGUUGGAAGCCGGCAUCCUCUUCCACAGUGUGUUCAUCGGGCUGUCGAUUUCGAUUUCUACCGGAACCACCUUCAUUGCUCUCAUGGUGGCGAUUGCGUUCCACCAGAUCUUUGAGGGCCUCGCACUUGGUGCACGGAUUGCAGCCAUCCCGAGUCUUCGCAUCUCGAGCUUCAAACCUUGGGCGAUGUCUCUUGCGUAUGGACUUACCUGUCCACUUGGCCAAGCAAUCGGGCUGGGUCUUCGAACGACGUACGACCCUGAGGGCGAGACAGCGUUGCUGGUGGUUGGGAUUGCAAAUGCUAUUUCGGCAGGUAUGAUCAUGUACGCCGGGCUGGUUCAGCUGUUGGGAGAGGAUCUGUUGAGUGAAAAGAGCUACAGAAUUCUUUCUCUCCGUGCUCGAGCAGAGGCAGUGGUGGCAUUACUCUUUGGGUGUGGUCUUAUGGCGAUGAUUGCGAUAUGGGCGUAG